AUGCAGGUUUCCAAUAAACAGAAUCUAAUUGAUUUGUGUCUUCAAACCUUCUGUUCACCAUCUCGAACAAAGGAUCCAUCAAUCAUCGGAGUAUCAUCAGAAUCAUUAGAAUCAUCAGAUAAUACAUCAAAAGUACUUGCGCCAUGUGGUCGUUCCAUUGGGAAAUUACUCGCUCAUCUGAGUACCUCUAUUCGUACUCAAACAGGUAAACAAGAGUUGACUCUCCAAAGGCUCGAUGAUUUACUUGCUCUAGCUAAAGAGAAAUUCUAUGCAUUUCCAUUUAAAGAUGUACCAGAAUGUUGGAGGGCAUUGUUUCUCGAGGCAAGUUUGUUUAAGUUUUCUGCUCUUGCCUCUAGGGAAUCCUUACCUCCGAAUGAGAAGAAGGAUGAAGAUUCAAAUUUCGAUGUCAUAGAUGAUCGAGUAAUAGACCAGAUGGUUGAGACAAUGGAUAUGGCAUUGAUCAUGGUCGGAGCUCCAGCAUCAGAAACAAUGCGAUUGGCAAUUGAUUGUGCGAUGGAUCUUUUACAAAAGAUUCAUGAAGAAAUGAUAGAUGACGAUAGAUCAACACAAUCACCCAUGAAACGUCAAAAACUUUCGUGCAGUUAUUCACCCUCAAGAUCCAUAUCUUCAUAUCAAGAUCGCUUUCUAUCAAUUUCGAUCACAUCGCCUUCUCUGUCAAAUCCCAUCUCUCGAGUAACUUCAAACGAAAUCAACAUCGAUAACGAUGACGGAAACAUGGACAAAUUCGCAAAGCACAUGUAUCAACCCCAGGAUCGUACACUAGGAGCCGAACCUCUCAUAAUAACUCGGUCAAUCGAUUCAUGGCCUGCACGUAAUAAGAAACCAUGGUCUAGUCCCUCGUACUUACUAUCCAAAACCAUUGGCGGUCGACGCUUAGUCCCCAUAGAAGUAGGUAGAAGUUAUGUUGAUUCUGGAUGGGGACAAAAGAUCGUUACAUUCAAAGAUUUCAUGACCGAAUACAUGUUAUCCCCUGCCAAAGAAGGAGAAGCAAAAGAAACGGGCUAUCUAGCACAACACAAUCUAUUCUCCCAAAUCCCAUCUUUACGAAAUGAUAUAACCGUGCCGGAUUAUUGUUACAUUUAUCCACCACAACCUCAUUCAUCAUGCUCUCCCGCGCUAAAAGAAAAAUACGCACAAAUGGAAGAAUUGGAAGAGCCGCUCAUAAACGCGUGGUUCGGACCAGCCGGUACAAUUAGUCCGCUGCAUACAGAUCCGUAUCAUAAUAUCCUAGCACAAGUUGUCGGGAAGAAAUAUUUGCGUCUUUAUCCACCUAUAGAAACUUCGAAAUUAUACGCGAGGGGUAUAGAAGAGGGGGGAAUCGAUAUGAGUAAUACGAGUGAGGUGGAUAUUGGAGUAUUGGAGGGAUGGGAUGGUACUGUUGAAGAGCAAAAGGAAGAAAGGAAGAAAUUUCCAGAUGCGGAGAGUGCAAAAUAUUGGGAUUGUGUGUUGGAAGAAGGAGAAGUGUUAUAUAUUCCGGUUGGGUGGUGGCAUUAUGUAAGAGGAUUGAGUGCGAGUUUUAGUGUAAGUUUUUGGUGGAAUUAA